ACUGAUGAAGAAGGACGUUUCUUAUAUACUAAUCGUGAUCUAGUCGUUGGUGACCUUAUAGCCACUGAAGAACCAUUUUGUUCUACACUGUUGCCACCAAUGCGUUAUAUACGCUGUGCCACUUGCAAGCAAGAAAACUAUCUUACGCUCAUACCUUGUGACAGCUGUUGUUCAGUAAUGUUCUGCUCGGAGGAAUGUCGCGAUCGAGCCACUGCGACUUUUCAUAAAUAUGAAUGUCCUAUUAUUGAUCUGUUAUAUAAGAUGUUUAAUAAAAUACAUGGCAUCGCUUUGCGAGUAUGUCUUACAGCAAUAGAACUGUUUCCUACUAUAGAAGAGUUGAUUUCAUUUUGUGAUGAUCCUGAAAAUCAAAACAAAUCAGCUUUUGACUUAGAUUAUACGAAUUUUACACCACGAGAGCAUUAUCGUGCUAUACACGGUCUUGUAACAAAUCAGCAUUUACGUUCAGUAUCAGAUUUAUUUCAACGAUCUGUAGUUUGUGCCGUACUGAAACAUUUUAUAAUUGAGUAUACACCACUUAAGGAGUUUCUUGGCGGUGAUGAAGGACAAAACUUUUUUACAGAAUUAUUAUUUCGACAUCUUCAGACAUCUCCAUCAAAUAUGCACGGUAUAGAUCUCGUAGAACAAGUUAACGAAACAAAAGAUGAUCAAACUCAUUCAUCUGGUGCAUUCGCACUUUUAUCACUACUUAAUCACUCAUGCGCACCAAAUACACUAAGAGUUUAUAAUGGAACUAAAGCUUAUUUAUUAGUUUUUCGCCCUAUACCCGCUGGCGGAGUGCUUUAUGAUACUUAUGGACCACAUUUUGCAAUAUUUUCUAAGAAUCAGCGUAUCGAAACCCUAUCCAUGCAAUACCGUUUCACUUGUAAGUGCGAAGCAUGUGAAAACGAUUAUCCCAAUUAUCGAAGCCUCAAACCUAAAUCGAUGGUACCUUAUAUUAAUAACGAGACAGAUAUGAAAAGUCUAGUUGCUUAUAAUUAUGACUUUGCUUUGGAGAAUUAUCGUAAAUACUGCGAAUUCCUAACAACACAUGCAAAGGCUUAUCCUUGCGAUCAAAUCAGUUCCGCAGAAGAAUGCCUUAAAAUGGCACUUAACAUCUUAGUAGAUGCUGUACCGCUUAAAGCAAAAAUGUAAUCUACACCACAUACACACAAACAAACACACACACACAUACACAUUUUGCAAUAAACAAUAUUGUUGCCAUAGAGAGAGACGUAAAAGUUAUAAACAUUUUUAUGUUUUAUAGCACAUUUUCGCAAAAAUAUCAAAAGGAAACUGUUAAACAAACUGAUAGAUAUUGGGUUGUUCAAUGAUAAAAAAAAAUUAUAUUUAGAACAUAACAUAAAUUUGCCGAAAAUCAUAUCUGCUAGACUAAUAUUUUACAUAUUAAUUUUUUGUUCUAUGUUUAAUUAUACUUUUAAUU